CUGCUCCCAAGCGCUCGAGUUGACGCUGAAGAUGAUAUCGAAGAGCCAACGGUGAAAGAAAAUUUGGCAAAGGCCAAAGACGCAUCAAAAACUGACGAUGAAGUUGUGCAGAGGUAA